AUGGCACAACAAUAUGGUUUUGAUUAUGAACUUAUCACCUAUAAAUGGCCAACAUGGCUGCAUAAGCAGACAGAAAAGCAGCGAAUUAUUUGGGCGUAUAAGAUUUUGUUCCUUGAUGUUAUCUUUCCUCUUUCUUUAGAGAAGGUUAUAUUUGUUGAUGCUGAUCAGGUUGUGCGAGCAGACAUGGGAGAACUGUAUGACAUGGACAUAAAAGGAAGACCUCUUGCAUAUACACCAUUCUGUGAUAACAACAAGGAUAUGGACGGAUAUCGAUUUUGGAGACAAGGAUUCUGGAAAGAACAUUUGCGGGGAAGACCAUACCAUAUCAGUGCUUUGUAUGUUGUCGAUCUGGUUAAAUUUCGAGAAACUGCCGCAGGAGAUAAUCUAAGGGUUAUUUAUGAAACACUGAGCAAGGAUCCAAAUAGUCUAGCCAAUCUGGAUCAGCAUGCAGGGCUUACAUGCAGUAUAUGUGUUAUAGUAAGGUUUGACUCAGCUGUAUAUACCUAUUACGAUAUAAAGGAUCUUCCAAACUAUGCUCAGCAUAUGGUGCCCAUCUUCUCCUUGCCUCAAGAAUGGUUGUGGUGCGAAUCAUGGUGUGGUAAUGCCACAAAAUCUAGAGCAAAAACUAUUGAUCUUUGCAACAAUCCUAUGACAAAGGAGCCUAAGCUUCAGGGUGCAAAAAGAAUCGUAUCAGAAUGGGUGAAUCUCGACUCUGAGGCGAGACACCUAACUGCAAAAAUCUUAGGCGAUGAAGUAAAUCCUCAAGAAUCUGUUGUGUCCCCCAACCAAUCACCGGACUCUGGGACUGAUAAUUCGGUGGAGGAAGAAGACGCUGAAUCUAAGUCUGAAUUAUAA